GCAGGGGGCCAGGCUCUGCAGAUAGUCUGGUACUGGGCAGCAACAGCUGGAGACACAGGAAGCGCAGAGACGACUGCUGAAAACAUCAGGGGACCCACGAUACUUCCACUAGCAGCUCACCAGAGGAACAAUGGGCAACCAAAUGAGCGUCCCACUGAGAACUGAAGAGCAAGAGAAUGACCCGGAUGCAGACACUUACAAGGUGGUGUCAGACAAUGAGUGUGUUCAGAAUGGGAACCCAGUGAUGGUGUCUACUCAUGUGAUUCAGCACUACGAUGAAGUCGAUUUGGGCAUAAGCAUCUCGAAGGAUAAUGUGGCUACUUCUUCCCCCAAGACAAUGGAGGCCCAUGCUGUGGCCGAUGCCAACGGAAAGAAUCUUGGGAAAGAAGCCAAGCCCGAGGCACCAGCUGCUAGAUCGCGUUUUUUCUUGACACUCUCUCGGCCUGUACCAGGACGUCCCGGGGACCAAGGCACGGAUUCAUCGGCUGCUGCGGGGAGGCUUGAUGUCAGCCCCGGCACAGCGCCUGUGAACAAAGACCCAAGUGAGCACGGGGCACUUCCGAUGGCAGCUGCACCAGGGCCGGCUGCUGAUAAAACCCCAGGGUGCACGGAGGCCAAGCAGCCGGGCCUCCCUGCCACCUGCCCACCAGCACCUUCACCACCUGAGUCCCGGGCAGAAGCCCCCUCCAGGCCUAAGGAUUUCAGCUUUUUGAACAGAUUCUUUAAGCUGGACAGGGGAAGAGAGAGUGUGCCCGCGGACAGCCAGCCUGAAGAAGCCAAAGGGGUCGAAGAUCAAGUCCAGGCCACAGAGGCUCCUGCUGUGCCAGGGAAUUCCCAGGCUGUCCCUGCAGGGGAGGACAUAGUCGACAGCGAGGAGAGAGGACAAGAAAUUGACACCGUGCGUUAUUCUAUCCCUGGAGACCCAGAGGUACUGGGGCCCGCGAAGGAGGACCCCCAGGUGGUAGAUACCACAGAGAAUAGUAGCCCCAUUAUGAGCUUCUUCAAGACCCUAGUUUCGCCUAACAAAACUGAAACAAAAAAGGAUCCAGAAAACACGAAGGCAGCCAAGGCAGACAGUGUCUGUGAUGGACACGUUGGCCCGAAGAUGGAGAUGCAGGCUAAAAGCAAGAAGAAACGCCUGGACAGCCCCAGGCUAGGACUCACCUUUAGAAAGUUCUUUAGGCAUAAGGAUACUGAAAAUUCACCCGCUACUUCAGCCAAUGUCAAGUCAGACAAAGUCAGCUUCGCGCCCCAGGAGACCCAAGGGGCGAGCAAGAGUUCAAAAAGCUGCAGCCCAUCCGGUCCUGUGCCACCUACCAAGGCCAGUGACACAACAAAGGAAGGCGGCAAGGAGAAGUCGGGGCCCACAUCCUCCCCUCUGGGAAAACUGUUCUGGAAGAAGAACAUGAGGGUGUCCACCAUCUCACCAGCAGGCGGUAUUGGUCUGUGGCCUACGACAAAGCUGGCGGAGGAGCGCCACGCACAGAAACGGUGGCGGGGCUGA